UGGCAAUGUGUAGCAAAGCGAUCCUAGCACUCCUGAUCUAUGGCAUAAUAAUGCACUGCAGCGUCUACUGCUCACCUGCGGCCGGCUUUCAGUACCCGGCGCUCAGGCUGGGGGAUGAAGUCUACGACGAGGACGCGAACACCUUGCAGGACUUCGCCUAUGACCACGAGCCCCUCGGCAUAGCGAAUCCGUCCUCCAUGAUCGGCGAGAUGUACACCUUGUAUUACCCACCGGAAAAGAGGCACGCCGAUGGGAUCUUCAACAAAGCCUACAGGAAACUGCUGGGCCAGUUAUCCGCCAGGAAAUAUUUGCACUCCCUGAUGGCCAAGCGGGUCGGCGGUGCCAGCGGCGGCCUGGGGGACGAGUCGGAACCGCUGACCAAGCGGCACAUAGACGGGAUCUUCACGGACAGCUACAGCCGCUACCGGAAACAAAUGGCUGUCAAGAAAUACUUAGCAGCCGUCCUGGGGAAAAGGUAUAAACAAAGAGUUAAAAACAAAGGACGCCGAGUAGCGUAUUUGUAGCGAUGAGUAACCAGCCACUCCUGUGUAUACAAAGUCCUGAGAGAGAGAGAGACAGAGAGAGAGAGAGACCCAACAACAACAAAAAAUCUAAACAAGAACAAAAGUAAUUUCUAAACUGACUGAACAAUCACCGCUCCUGUGUUAUCUAAACAUGUAUUUAUGUAUGAAGUAAAGCCAUUAAAUGAAUAUUUUGAUAAUAA